GGUCGUAAUUUUGUGCGUAUAUUGUUUCACUGUAAACAAGAAACGUCAGAAUUUAGCGACCUCAAAAUAUUUUGUUUCGAUGCAACUAAAACAAAACAAAGGUUUUUAAUAAUAAAAAUUAAACCUUCAUCACAAAUUGGAUAAGAUGCGCCAUGCACAAGUAUGAAAUGUUGUAACUGUUGUAAGUAAUGUAAAAAAGAGUUUUCAUAAUUAAAUGUCCAUUACUAACAGAUUCAUACAGAUUUUAAAAUGUCGUUGUCGUGUAAUUAUCUACUCUGUUUAAUACUAUGCUUUAGGGAUUGUUCUGUGUAUUGUGUGUAUUAAACAGAUGUUAUAGUUAGAACAUGGCGUCUGAUAGUGAAGCAGCUUACGAGCAUUUUCAAUUUAUGAAAUACUCGAGUGAGAUAGUUAUCUGGUGAGACAAAGGAUAAAUCUACGGCAUCGUCAAUAAUAGAAAUAAAUAUAAUACGAGUAUUUAGAAAAAGCAAAUUGGCCAAUUAAAUUCUGAAAUUUUCUUUUUUUUUACCUUGCUGAAAGCCUUGGUAGCCUUGAGAGGCUAUUUCAACGAAACCUUAACCAGUAGGUGAGCAGUGCGUCGCAGAAUCUACCACCGGAUCGGAAACGAGACCCACUGAGAAGAUCCGGCGAUAAACUCAGUAGGUGUGUCUAUGGGUUAAUUCGCUCGUCGAGCCCUUCGUCGCAAGCGACGGAUUCGACGAGAACGGUGACCGGUGCUUGUGGUUACCGGUAGGGAGGAUCCGUAAUGACGUGUUUUGGGCGACGUCGAUUGUUUACCAUUGGGUCUACAGGAUCGGGUAUGUAGUUUCCAGCGGUCACGACAAGAGGGUUCUCAUGUUGUGCCGCCUUCUCAAAGUGAAAAUUCUCUAUUCUUUACUUGUAAAGCAAAUGGCAAAAGCAAGUGCAUGUGUUAUACUAAUGCCGCCAUUCAACAACUGUUUCGAGGCAAAACAACCAGAGCUGUGCCAUCUAUACGUAUAGGAUGUGAUUCCUUGAUUUACAAUACGCCCUACCACGCAAUGUAUACUUUGUGCGAUUUUUAUCUUAAAAUACCCACAAUUCUAGUACAAUUCUCUAGAGUAAGAUUUUUGUUACUAUAGUAGCUGUAUUUAGUCUAUGUCGCUUUUUUGACUUAAUCGUAGAGAAGGGAACUGCUAUUUAUUUAUUAAGGAACCACGCAAGUACGCAAUUACGGGGUGCAACAAAUUACUCAGUGAAAUAAUCUAAUUAGUAAUUCGGAAUUGUUAGCAUCUAAAUGUAAGCAUCGGAGUAGAACUAAAACGAAUUUGAAAAUAUAUUUGGAUCUUUACAUAUUGUGUUAUUCAGCCUAAUUUUCGUUAGAGAUUUAAUAAUGUUUUCGAAGUAAUCCAAAAAGUUUCACAAAAGAGCACAAAAUAAGUUUAAUAUUCGACAAAUAAUAUUCGUCAAAGUCAUGACUGGGAUAGGUCUGAAAAAAAGUUUUAAUGAAUGCUCGUAUUCUUAAAACGUACAUUAUUUAUGAGAGAGUUCGUAACCCAUUUGCGUUUUAUGUAGAUUUUUUUUGAUAAUGAAUAUUUUAUGUAUAUGUUAUCAAAUGGUAUAACUUCCAAAGUAACGAAAUUAUUAAUACAACAUGAAGCAGUUAUAUAGACUACGAAAAAUAUCGACUUGUUCAUUUGUAAGAGAUUUUCUUUGACAGCUAGGACGUAACUCGUGCUCAAACCUCAUAAACAGUUAGAAAUAUGUCUGAAAGCGACCAAAAAUUUGCCAGAAUGGAAAUAUUAGAAACUUUAAAGCUAUGUAAUUUUUGCAUCCGCAGGGUUGGAUUAUCAUUCAUCGACGAAGUACCUUUAACGGUUUUAGCUAAAUUAAAAAAGUACUUUUUGUUUAUUUUCUCAUCGUCGAUGUUAGUUCUGAUGCUCGCUGGCGAGGUGGCCUACGUUGCUGGGCAGAUGAUAAAUUCUGCUUCUAUUGAAGAAUUCGUUGGAAGCUAUUUACACAUUGCGGGAUACGAUACGAUGAGCUUCGGGAAGUUGAUAACGAUAUGGUAUAAACGAAACACCUUCAAGCAGCUAGUUGAGGAACUGGCAGUCAUAUGGCCUGUUUCGAUUAAGGAUGAAGUAGCAGCGCAAAUAAAACGAGAUAGCCUCUCCGCUUUAAAGCUAAGACAAUUUUUAUACGCAUUCUGGAAUGUUCUCGGAGUUUGGUUGUACAAUUUAACGCCAAUUGCCAUUCUUUUGUACCGAAAAAUGCGAGGGACUCCUGGAGAGCUUGGCUUCGUAUGGCAGCUUCUUUAUCCUUUCGACAAAACCCAACCAAUCUUCCAUGAAAUAGUUUAUGUUUUCGAAACAUUUUCAGGGGUUAUAUCAGUAUGCUGUAUGCUCGGCUCAGACCUGUUAUUCAUGACAAUGUCCAGCCACAUUAGCAUGUUGCUACGGCUAUUGCAAGUGCAGAUACGUCGCUUAGCUACAACCGAGGGGCGCAAUUACGAAUCCGACAAUGACUGCUACGAUGAAAUCAUUUCAGUAGUAAAAAUACACCAGAGACUCAUUUUCUACAUCAAUGAUCUUGAGAAUGCUUUUUCGGUCGUUAAUCUCAUAAACGUCCUCCUCAGUUCUGUUAAUAUCUGCUGCGUCGUUUUUACGAUCGUGUUUCUACAGCCCUGGAUGGAAAUGAGCGAUAAGUUUUUCUUAGGCGCUGCUCUGACUCAAAUGGGAAUCGUUUGCUGGUACGCUGAUGAUAUUUAUAGAGCGAGCGUGGGCGUAUCUGACGCGGUGUAUGAAAGCGGCUGGUACAGAACCAACACCCGUUGCCGGCGGGCGCUCCUGGUCGUACUUCAAAGGUCGCAAAAACCUUUGUUUUUCACUGCUCUGAAAUUUCGUUCAAUCACAUUGACCACCUAUAGCUCUAUACUUACCACAGCUUAUUCAUAUUUCACACUUCUCUACACUUCGUAUCGCCGUAAUUGAAAAUAUUGGCUGAGCCUUUGCUCGCCCACCUGUCCUGGUGAAACUGGAAAGGCCUUCGGGCCACCAGUAAACUUUCAAUCAUAAAAAAAAAAAAAAAAAAAAUUUAAAAUAAGAAAUUACUAUUUGAUGUUUACAAGAGCUCUAGUAUUGUUAAGAGCAAUAGUGAAAUGUAGUUUAUAAUACAAAAUGUGUAUUGUUAAGAAUAAUGCAUGUCCUACCAUUUAUUCUAUGACCAUUACAUUUAAAGCUAGUUGUAUAAUUGCACUUUUGUACCUAAAAUAAAGUCUGUUAAAUUAGUGAAGAUAACGAACAAAUACAUUUUUAUUUCAUUUUUAUUAAUUACGAAUUUGAAUACAAAUUUGAUUUUGUAUCAUAUUAUUAUAUAUAUCUAUGUGAAUUAUAAUAUGUUAUAAUCUUUAA